AUGGCUAUGCUUGGCAAUGGGGAUGUGAGGCUGGCGGAUGGGGGCAGUCCCUGUGCUGGGAGAGUGGAGAUGGAGUUUGAAGGACAGUGGGGGACAGUGUGUCACAAAAAUUCCCACAUAAGAGAUGUUCAGGUGUUGUGUAGACAGAUAGGCUGUGGGGACGGUAUGGAAAUAAUGAAUGAAACUGACUUUGGGUACGGGAAAGGACAUGUAUGGCCCCUCACUCGGUCCUGUAAGGGGACAGAGGCCCAUUUGUUGGAAUGUCCCUUGCCACAGGGCACAGAUAACUGUGGUCAUCCUGCAGUGAGUUGCUCAGGAGUCAGGCUGGUGGGAGGUACUAGUCGGUGCUCUGGGAGAGUAGAAGUGCAUCGUGAAAAGACCUGGGGCACGGUGUGUGACGCUGACUUCGACCAGCAGGAUGCAGAGUUUGUGUGUCGGGAGCUGGGCUGUGGGGUUCCUGUAGAGGUGCGGGGUGCAGCUGCAUUUGGCAAGGGGGAGGGCCAGGUGUGGUCGGCGGAGAUUCAGUGCAGAGGCAACGAAUCUCAGAUUCACUUGUGUCCAAAGUCACUCACCCAGAAACAGAACUGCAGCCAUGAGAACGACGUGGGACUGGUGUGCUCUGGCAGCGCUGAUAUUAGGCUGAUGGAUGGAGGCAGUCCCUGUGCUGGGAGAGUGGAGGUUCGCCAUGAAGGACUGUGGGGGACAGUGUGUAGUGAUGGCUGGGAUAUGACAGAUGCUGAGGUGGUGUGUAGACAGCUGGGCUGUGGGGCUGCUGUGGAAGCACCGAGUGGAGCUCACUUUUUUCCCGGGUCAGGGAGAAUCUGGCUGAGUGAUGUGUCCUGCAAUGGGUCAGAGUCCACACUGAAGAACUGUGAUUCAGGAGGAUGGGGUAACCAUAACUGUGACCACAAGAAGGAUGUUGGAGUGAUCUGUUCAGCCCAUCAAAGAGUCAGGCUGGUGGGAGGAACUCACCUGUGUUCUGGGAGAGUAGAGGUGCAUCAUGGGAACUCCUGGGGCACGGUGUGCGACGCUGACUUCGACCAGCAGGAUGCAGAGGUUAUGUGUCGGGAGCUGGGCUGUGGGGUUCCUGUAGAGGUGCGGGGAGCAGCUGCAUUUGGCAAGGGGGAGGGCCAGGUGUGGUCAGAGGAGAUUCAGUGCAGAGGCAACGAAUCUCAGAUUUACUUCUGUCCAACAUCACCCACCCAGAAACAGAACUGCAGCCAUGAGAACGACGUGGGACUGGUUUGCUCUGGUAAUGAUGAUGUGAGGCUGGUGGAUGGUGGCAGUCCCUGUGCUGGGAGGGUGGAGGUUCGUCAUGAAGGACAGUGGGGGACAGUGUGUCAUGUGGACUGGGAUGAGACUGAUGCUGAGGUGGUAUGUAAGCAGCUGGGCUGUGGGGCUGCUGCAGCAGCUCUGUAUAAUGCACAGUCACCCACAUCAGGGAAAAUACAAGGAAAAGGACGAAUCUGGAUGAGUGAUGUGUUCUGCAGUGGGACAGAAUCCACACUGAAGAAAUCCCAUCGAAAGGUCAGGCUGGUGGAAGGAACUCACCUGUGCUCUGGGAGAGUAGAAGUGCAUCGUGGGAACACCUGGGGCACGGUGUGUGACGCUGCCUUUGACCAGCAGGAUGCAGAGGUUGUGUGUCGGGAGCUGGGCUGUGGGGUUCCUGUAGAGGUGCGGGGUGCAGCUGCGUUUGGCAAGGGGGAGGGCCAGGUGUGGCCGGAGGAGAUUCAGUGCAGAGGCAAUGAAUCUCAGAUUUACUUCUGUCCAACAUCACCCACCCAGAAACAGAACUGCCCCCAUGAGAACGACGUGGGACUGGUUUGCUCUGGUUACACAGAGUCCAGACUGGUUAAUGGUCCUGACAGAUGCUCUGGUCGAGUGGAGCUGAAGUACCUCAGUAUCUGGGGCACAGUGUGUGAUGCAUGCUGGGAUAUGAAAGCCUCCAAUGUCCUCUGUCAGCAGCUGAGUUGUGGGAGAGCAGUAGCAGUGCUGGGGCAGGCCUGGUUUGGGGAGGGGAAUGACUCAGUUUGGGCUGACGUGUUUGAGUGCCAGGGGAAUGAGACACGUUCUUCUCUCUCUGCUCUUGAUGGGAUGGUGCAGCUGUCUGGAGAGAGAGAGUGUGAAGGCCAGGUGGAGGUUUUCUACCAGCAGACCUGGAGGAGAGUUCUCCUGGGGUCCUGGAGCUUCAGGGAUGCCUCUGUGGUCUGCAGACAGCUGGGAUGUGGCUCUGCAGUGAACUACAGCUCCUCUCCAUCUGGGAGAGGGGAAAGUGAUGUGUGUCUGACAGGUUUCCAGUGCUCUGGGAAAGAGUCUCACCUGGGGAACUGCAGCGCUCCACACAAUCUCACCUGUGGCUCCAAAGAGCAGGUGUCCAUCAUCUGUUCCAGUGAGUACCGCAGGUCCCUCAGGCUGGUGGGGGGAGGGGGGGACUGUGCAGGAAGGCUGGAGGUGUUCCACAGGGGCUCCUGGGGGACGGUGUGUGAUGACUCCUGGGACCUGCAGGAUGCUCAGGUGGUGUGCAGGCAGCUCCAGUGUGGGACGGCCCUCAGUGUAGUGGAGACCUCCAAAUUCAGACCUGGAACUGGACCCAUCUGGCUGGAUGAGGUGGACUGCUUGGGGAACGAGACGUCCCUGUGGGAGUGUCCCAAAGCAGAGUGGGGACAGACGGACUGUGGACACAAGCAGGACGUGGUGGUCAUGUGUUCAGAGUUCAAACAGCUGAGACUGGGAACGAGGACAGACACCAGAGUCUGCUCAGGACUGGCAGAGGUUUUCUACAAUGGCACCUGGGGGAGCGUGUGUGUUAAUGACAUGACGGAAACCACUGCCGCCGUGAUCUGCCGCCAGUUAGGCUGUGGGGACAGAGGGACGUUCGAUACAGCAACAGUUUCUCAUGGAGUUCAAUGGAUCGACAACAUUAAGUGUAGACGCCACGAUGAGUCCCUGUGGCAGUGUCCCUCCUCUCCAUGGGGUCACAAGUGUUCGUUCACAGAGGCUGCUCUAAUCAGUUGUGAAGGUCCCAGGAAGGACAUUUCCCCAAAUGAUUCAUCACCUCAGCAGGAGACGACACAUGUGCAGCAGUGCCCAGAGCCCCCAGAGUUGCGGCUGGUCGGCCCCAGUAAGUGCUCUGGGAGGGUGGAGGUGCGGAUUGAGGGUUCCUGGGGGACGGUCUGUGAUGACUCCUGGGACAUGAGGGAGGCCCAGGUGGUCUGCAGACAGCUGGGCUGUGGGGAGGCCGUGAGGGCGGAAGACAAUGCCACAUUUGGGAGGGGAAAUGGCACCAUCUGGCUGGAUGAGGUGAACUGCACAGGAGACGAGCUCCACCUGUGGGACUGCUGUCGUUCCCCACUGAACCAGAGUGACUGCUCUCACAAGGAGGACGCAGGGGUUACCUGUGCAGAUGAGACGGCACCCACUCCUGCUCCCCAGCGUCUGUCCAUCCCUGCAGUGGCCUUGCUGGUGCUGGGGGCGCUGUUCUUCCUGCUGCUGGUGGUGCUGGUUGUGCUGCUGUUCCAGAACAGAGCUCUGAAGAAGGCCCUGUCUGUGAGGGACCACGCCCCUCUGCGUGAUGCUGUCUAUGAGGAGAUUGAGUAUAAACCAGUCAAAGGUGGAGCCUACAGCACCCCGCCGAUGGGGAGUGUCCUUUCAGAGGACCUGCCAUCUGGGUACGAAGAUGUGGGGGACAGCGAGGGACACUCCCUCUCGGGGGAGUCUGGGAGAGGAGAGAAAGGAGAGGACUAUGAUGAUGUCAUCACAGAGGAGAGCGCAGGGGUCCUGGUAACAGAUAACACACUGGAGAACUAUGAUGAUGUCAUCACUGUAGAUCCAAGUACAGGCAGUGCAGCAGAAAUUUGGAAAUCAGGUGAUUACACAGAGCUCUCUUAUUACUGA